AUGGCUGACCGCAUAGUGCAGGAGGACGUACUCCAACACGGUGCCUCCAUUCAGAGAGAAGGAGACAUGUCAUGGGAGCGAGACGAGAGGUAAGGUUUACAGAGGAAUAGGGGCCUUACAGUCACCCAACAACCCUCUGAAGGAAGCCGCCUGGCAACUAAAAUGGAGCUUUGCUUAAAGAACGACUAUUGUCAAUGUAACGGAGAUCCAGUACCCAGAGUGGUAUCUCGUAGUGAUUCUCUCCCAAAUCCCUCGAGGGGAAUAGUGAAUAUAGCUCCUUCUUAACCAAACAUCAGAUGAGACUUGAUAAAAGGUAAAAUAGCUGACAUUUAUUGAAACGAGCACAGGAUUAUAUACCAAGACCCCCAGCGUGGGAUCUCUAUUGAACACACAGUAAGCCCGCCCAGGUGCCUUUGUAUCUGGGAGAUAAUUGUUUCAGCGCCUGUUAAACUUAUUAUCUCUUGGAUACAGAGAGCGCAACACAGAAUAACCCAAAAAACACCCACAAAACAUCCAUAUUAUAUUAUCCCCGGAUAGGUCUGUGAAAAUUGCGCCCAGAUCUAUAGGGUAUUGUCCAUAUGCCACGGGGUUAAAGUUCUGACUUGCUGCUAAGAAAGUUUUGCCAGAAAAAAGUUCCAUGCUGUGGGCGUUGCAUACAUGUCUUUUAACAGGAGCUCCAGCGACUUGAGGCAGGAAGGCUCACAACCAAAACAGUCACUUGCAAACUCUACCAAUCCCCAAUCUAUACUUAAAUACCAACUUUUAGUAGCAAGGAUGGUCAUAAAUAGAAAGCUCACUUGGCAAACCUGCCAGAGAAGUCCUAAUAACCUGAUAUAAGUUAACUUGGCUUACACUCUGCACCGAAUCAAACUCUCUAAAAAGACAGACAUGGGACAUUUUAUAAAACCCUACAUCCUGUACUCAGUUUAACGCUUGUUUUAUCUUGUUUUAUCUAACACGUGAAGGCUAGUAAACGUCAUUAAACUCUGCAAAUAAACUGGUUUUAGUAGAAUAAAACAGUCUUCCAGAGGCCUUGAUGAAACCUUAUGGCAGCGGAAACUCGAAUUCAGACAGGUGGCUAAGACAGAGUUGUUUUUCUAUCUUUCCUUUGGCCCAAUCAAUCCUAGCUAUAUCUACUGCUUGACGGAACAGUGACAGAAGGAACGGAACACAACUGGAGUCGGCCUGUGAGUGACAGGGACAGGAAGAUUAGCCUAAGGAGCUGUAUUACAUGAUGUGCAACAGGUGAUAGGAAAAAAUGAGCUCUUCAGGCAUAUAAACGUUCAUUAUGUUCUAUGUCCAGCAGAGGGCAGCAAUGUACCACCUCUUGGGGACUAAUUUUGGGUCCUCUCUAGGGAGCAAGCAAUGAAUGUUUGCAGACAUUUCAGGGCAGAGGUGUGUUUAUGUGUAGUAAUUAAAUAAAAGAUAAUGGCCACACUUUCACGGCAGCUGGCGGUGUCAGUUUAUAGCGCUAUCAAAUUUCCUCCAUUAAUAAGGACAAUAGAAUAAAACAUAAAAAGUGAACCUACUGAGUUUUUUUCACUAAACAGUGAAUUGUGGUGAAUUGAAAAAGCAAAGAUGGGACAAAAUGUAUUACGAAAAACUUUCUCCAAUUUGGAUAUUUUAACAAGUUGGUUAUUUCGCUCUCAGUUUUAUUGUCAAAUUCAAACAAUGCGCAGUUAGUGAAUAAAUGUUUUGACUAAUCGCUACUAAACGCUGAAAUCUGACUUAAAUAUACAGUUUAGUGAAUAAAGGUUUUUCACUAAAAUCAGAAUUAUAGCGAAAUGAAAUACAAAUGGCAAAAAUGAGGCUAAACUAGGCGAGUUUGCGAAUGUUUCCAGAUUAGCUCUUUUCAACUAAAUAUUGCGAGUUUAGUGAAUAAACUGACAUUACACACCCCGUAAUCCUGUCAUAUAAAUACUUCAUACGGGUCAUGUUUUAAAGAGGAAAUCUGGUAACCCUACACCCUACACCAAAGCGAAGACGUAUAGCUAAGGUAUUUCCGAGUAAGGAAUGUCCAUAUACAAGACUUAUCGCAGGUCUCGACUAUCAGCCUUGCAGUCGGCUGUUUUGGGUUUUCUUUUAGACAUUUUUAUCUUAUUUUUUUUUUUUAAGUUAAAGAGGUAAUAUGCAGAGUAUUGAAUUACCAAGGAAAUCUGUCUUGGGAAUCUGGGGUAGAUUAAGCGCCAGAGGCUGGGGCGGGGAAUAACAAGUUGUGGUAAUAAAUGUAUUGAGACAAUAUUACUUUGCCAGUCUCCUUACUGCGGAAUAAAUGGUACCCACAUCCAUAUCCAUGGGGCAAAAUAGCCUGGGUUUCCUGCAGGUCUCUAGCACUAAUGUGAUGUCAGCUGGACUCCAGCACACUAUGGGUUAAAAUGCCUUGAGAUUAUGUGCAGAAGUAGAAUCUGAGUAUUUGUGUCUCUCCCUGUGCUAUUGGAUAGAGGGAGUUUUCAUGUCCUUACUGAGGCAGAAAGUAACUCCCCAGGGCUCCUCCCCAGUACAUAAUUACCCCCCUUAACUAGCAGCCUUUUCAGUCCUACCCCUGCUUCAUUCAGAGGGCUCCGUCCACAAGGGUCAGGUAAGAGAAUAGCCAAUGGAAGAUAUUCCCCCACGUCCAAAGUGACCAUAGUGCGUGUCUAUCUAUAGAGGACUAUAAAGCUCUAGAAUAGGGUAAGCCAUCAGCCAACACUGGUUUAGGACUACAACUCUCAAAUGCUCUUCCAGCCUGUAGAGCCCAGUGACAUCAUGAAUAGCUUCCAGUAUCUCAUAAUACAUACCUGUAUCUCUCCACCUAAGCCACACAGCACCCUCUUCAUCAACUAGUUCUGGCUGAGGACGAUGGGAGUUAGGCCCAAUAGAGGUUCAAUAUUUUCCUUUCAGGUAUACUGGACCUUUAUUAGGUACAGUGGGCAAAAUAUAUCAAGGAAAAACUGUGAUGUAACAUUCUAGAUGUUGAUUGAAUGAGGACGCUUAAUAUUAAUGUGACACCUUUUGCAUUCACAUGCUCUAAACUUUAGGAAUCAAAUGUCUCUAAUGUAUAUAAAUAUAUAUAUAUAUAUAUAUAUAUAUAUAUAUAAACACACACACAUAAUAUAAUAAUAAAUAAUAAUCUGAACCCUGCUAGACUAACAUUAAACAUAGAAUGUAUGUAUGUCAGCCUCCCGUUUCUGUGUCCUGUGAGUCAGUGAAUCUGAUAUUGUAAUUAGAACAAAGAGUUGGCAUCCGUCCAGACUGAAUGUUCAUAUAUUGGCACAUUGUUAUAUUAUGCAUAGUGAGGAUAUAUUGGCACAUUGUUAUAUUAUGCAUAGUGAGGAUAUAUUGGCACAUUGUUAUAUUAAGCAUAGUGAGGAUAUAUUGGCACAUUGUUAUAUUAUGGAUAGUGAGGAUAUAUUGACACAUUGUUAUAUUAUGCAUAGUGAGGACACAUAUAUAUUAUGCAUAGUGAGGAUAUAUUGACACAUUGUUAUAUUAUGCAUAGUGAGGAUAUAUUGGCACAUUGUUAUAUUAUGCAUAGUGAGGAUAUAUUGACACAUUGUUAUAUUAUGCAUAGUGAGGAUAUAUUGACACAUUGAUAUAUUAUGGAUAGUGAGGAUAUAUUGACACAUUGUUAUAUUAUACAUAGUGAGGAUAUAUUGGCACAUUGAUAUAUUAUGGAUAGUGAGGAUACAUUUUUAUUUAUUUAUUACUGGUAUUUAUAAAGCGCCAACCUAUCCCACAUUGAAACAGAUAUUAACACUCGUUUGACCCAUUCUCUGCAUCACUAUAGAUUGCUGCAUAUUUUGUUGAUUAAUAUAAAGACAGUGCUGUAGGUUCACUCUGAUUCCUUAGAAGACUGGCAAUGCAUCAUGGGUAUUGUAGUUCAGAAACCUGUGGGGUGCCCUGUUUAGUCACCAUGGACAUUGUAUGGGGCUUUCUCUGUGCAUUAAUUUCUAAUAAAAAUGAUGGCGUCCUAAGGACUAUUUAUAAGGAUGGAGUGAUCUGCCUGUGUUGUGUACAUUGUGAAGACGCUAGAUUGUAGAUCAAAUGAACAAAAGGGGGAUCUUCAGUUACUGUAGAACUACAAACACCCAUAAUUCCCAUGAUUUGCAGAAACCAUCAUGGUACUUGUAGUUCCCCAAUAGCUGAGGGUCUACCUAUGGGGCAGCCCUAUUGAAGAUACUUCACAGCAUGUGAUAAUUGGUAUUCUUGCAUAGUACAGGGCGUUCUUUAUUUUGGGGCAUGAAAUAAGACCCCUACAGAUAGGCUCAGACUAGAUUUAAGAAGCCAAGUAAAUAAAUACUUGGUAUGUUCACCUGUGCCCUCUUUAUAGGAUGGCGGCUGCUAAUGAAAAAUGGUGGGAUAGGGUGGGUGAGGGGGCCGAGAAGGGCGAGAAACAGCUGACUUUCCUUAAAGGUUUCUGA